AUGGCCGGUGUCGGACUGAGAUUCUACCAAUAUCUCGCCUUCCUCUCUGUAUUGAAACUUUUAUCCAUCGCACUUGCAGCACCGAAUCUACAAACACAGUCAACAGAGGACGAUGUCAACAUUGCUCCUCUGGGAGUGAACGUCACCGUUGUUACGACCUUUGGACCUGGGUGUAGUCCUGCUUGGCAUGAGAUGGAUCCGCAAACAAAGGCCGUCACUGUACACUUGCCAGACACCCAGAUUGAAUUCGGGCCUGGAAUUCAUCCAAAUUCGUCGAGGAUGCAUUGUAGGGUCGAUUUCUUGAUUCAGAAACCCCAGGAUUGGACGUAUGGCAUUCAGAGCAUCGAUGUGACUGGGUACUUCAAGUUGGAUGAAGGAGUGCGUGCGUUCUUCUUGGGUGAUUACUAUUUUCCCUCGGACCCGUGGUCUGUGGUUAAUGAGGAUUUUGAUGGCCCUUUCUCCCACAGCCUUUACACCUAUAGCGUAAAAUUUCCGUUGUGGCGUAGCACUCUUGCGUCGUGCUCGCCAUCGGAAGCCUCACGAAUUACGACCCAGACCUCGAUCAGGCUCCGGGAUAUCGACGCUGGGAAUUCGACCGGCGGAAGUGGUUCUGUUGGUAUACCGCACCAUCUCGAUGACGGCCUUACUCUGACAUACCAAUUUGGGUGGGUGAAAUGUUUGGGGUAG